CAAUCAAGAUGGCGGACGAGCAGGAGAACUCCAAAAAGACCGCUACAACAGCAGGGAUCAUUAUAAUAGGGGAUGAAAUCAUCAAAGGUCAUACCAAGGAUUUGAAUUCUUACUUUCUUGUUACGAGGCUGUGGUCUCUUGGGGUUAAAGUACGGAAGAUAUCAGUAAUAGCAGAUGAUGAAGAAGCUAUCUCACAUGAGGUACGGGAAUUCUCUUCAAGGUUCACCUUCGUUAUAACAACAGGAGGGAUUGGUCCUACACAUGACGAUGUUACCAUGUCGAGCAUAGCUAAAGCUUUUAACGAAACCCUUGUAGAAAAUAAGGAACUUGUGGAAUCCAUCGCUUCAGCUUACCAAAUGAAGAAAUCUGAUUUGAACGAGUUUCAUUUGAGAAUGGCAAAAUUACCACCAUCCUCUGACCUUGUGUAUAGUAAAGACACUAGAACCAACCCAUUCCCAGUGAUUCGUGUUCGCAAUGUCUACGUUUUCCCAGGGGUACCCGAUUUUCUGGAGAAAAACUUUCAAGGUAUUGAGCAUAUAUUCUCUGACCCCACACGUAACAAAUUUCAGCUUUGCUUUAUUUAUUUAUCAAUUGGAGAGACAGAAGUCGUCCACCUGUUGAAUGAAGUUCAUGAAAGAUUUAAGGAGAGUGUUCAGUUAGGAUCGUAUCCCGAUUGCAGUGACCAAGAUCAUAAAGUAAAGCUAUCCUUAGAGUCAGAAUCAGAAAAUGAUUGGAAAGAAGCUUGCAAGUACCUCUUGGGAAAACUUCCACCAGAGAGUGUUAUCAAGAUUGAAGGUUUACCUGAUGACAAGGGAGAUGCAGCCAAGACUCUUGAUGUGAGUGAAGUAUACUCAACCCUGUCUCCAGUCAAUAACUCUAAUAUCAGCGCAUGUGUGAAAGGAGCUUGGGCUAUAAUACAAGAGGUACUCCGGCAGUAUAGCCUGAAURAAAUUUGUAUUAGCUUCAAUGGAGGCAAAGACUGCACUCUUCUUGUGUAUCUUGUGUAUGCAGCAGUAGUGAAACACUUUGGAAGAGUACCUAAACUAAAUGCAUUGUAUAUACAAUAUGAAUCAGCAUUCUUUGAAGCAGAGGAGUUCAUAAGGGAUGCAACAGAAAGGUAUAACCUGAAUUUGAUUACUAUGAAGGGAAGUAUAAAGGCUUCAUUAGAAAAGCUCAAGGUGUCUCAUCYUCAAAUAAAAGCCAUCUUGAUGGGUACCAGACGACAUGAUCCCUUCACAGAAAAGCUGCGAACAUUUACAUGUACUGAUCCUGGCUGGCCUGAAUACAUGAGGGUUAAUCCAAUACUAGACUGGCAUCAUAGUGAUGUGUGGGCUGUUAUUCUUCACUUUAAGAUUCCUUAUUGUAGUCUGUAUGAUAAAGGUUAUACUUCACUAGGAAGCACACACAACACUAAGCCAAACCCUCUGCUCCAAAUACAGACAGAUAGUGAGGACAUCAAGUAUCAGCCUGCUUACCUUUUAGAGGAUGAUCAUCAAGAAAGAGCAGGAAGAUCUUAGCAAAUCCACUUUCACAUAAUGUGAAGCAGAGAAUUUAAUUUAGUCCUCAGUAUUAGUAUAAUCUUCACAAAAACACAACAUUUUUCGCCAUUAAAAAAAGAACUGCCUAAUUUAUUAGAAACGUUCUAUGAAACGCCUUCCACGCGUAAAAAAAAGUUAUAGUAAAAUUGCAAAAACGUUCAACAAAAAACAACAGCAAAAAUACGCUUACGGUCAAAAACAGGUAGGAAGACGAUAAGAAAAGAUAAAGUUGCGUAUUCAAAAAUAUACAGAUAUUGGUACCCUAAGAGCAGGCAGAGGAUGCUUUUCUUCCCCUCCGUAGAGCUGAGCCAGAACGGAGGGGAAAAAAGACCUCUGCAGGAAGGGUAUAUAUUGCAGGGGGAACCCAGUAGCCCCUGGCCCCCAUCCUGUUGGUAGUUUAAUUUUUAACGCGCUCGAUAGCAAAUAGGUUAGCUUAACGAUAAACGUGUCGCAAUUUUGAAGUUGAGUACGACAUUUGCCGAUUGRAAAAAAGCAAAGAAUGUCAUCUUCACUCUGUAGAAACCUAAAUACCUAAGUAGUCAUGUGAUAAGUUCACGCGACUUACCGAUGUUCUGAAAACGCCCCCUCCCCCAAGGCAAAACCCUGACUAUGCUCCUGUAAUGGUUGAAGGGGACAUGAUAGUUGGAUGUAAGAAAUGAUGGACAAACAGAUGAGUCUCAGUCGUUUAUUCAAUUUGUUUUCRAUUCUUGUUAAAAACAUAUCAAUAAAUAAAAUAUAACGACCCUG